CCUGCUGGUCUACGAUGCCAUCCUGAUUGAGAUUUGGAGAGAGGAAAUCUUGCCUCACUUGCUCAAGACAGAGUCUUCCCUUUCACCUUUGAUGAUUUAUUACUCGGUGGUGAGUUGUCAAAAAAAAAAAAAAAUCUGUAUAACGACCAGAGCCAGCCUUCCAGUGUGUGUUGGUCUGCGAAAACAAAAGACCCAAAACGACAACAAGAGAAAAAUAAAAAGAAGAGAAACCCAAAAGUUUUCUUUCUAACAAACACACAUUCCCUUUUUACCUUAUUGUUGACAGCUGUACCACGAAGGAGCCGUCAUUAGCUUGCUGGAGCUAUUGCUGUACCAUUCGGCCGCCUGCGAGGCCAUGGGCGACUCAAUCGUCGACUUGAUCGACUAUUGCCAUCGCACGCUCUUGCGUUCAGCAGCGUCGUCGAGGAACCACCCGUCCUUGGCCGACAGCCCAAUCCUCAAGCACCUGGACGUCAGCCACUUGGAGGCCAACAUCGCCAUCCGUUGCAUCGCCAUUCUACGCUCUCUCGCCGGUCACGCAGACAAUUUGUCCGAAAUCGUUACAUCCCGGAUGCUUACAACGACGGACGUGCCGCUGUUGGCGGUCCAGCUACUGAUGGACCAGCAACCGUGGAUCCGGCGGAUCAAAGGCGAUGAUGAAAGUGGAAGCCGGAACAACGGUGACGACAACGAUGAAAUGUUUGAAAUCUACGACAACGGUGAAUGGCGUCGUUGCUGUCACGACGAAGCAUGCGGCAGCUCAAUUGCUGGCCAAAUCCAUCCAGUAGCUGCCCACCUAUGGCUCCUCCUACUGUCCUCCUGA